AAGACAACAUUAGUGAUGUAUCAACAAGUGAUAAUAUCGAUAUUUAUGCUCCGGCUAUCAUUGUCUACGUCAAAUUUCCUGGAAAUAGACAGCAAUUAUCAGAAACCAAAAUUAGAAAGAAACAGUGUCCUAAACAAGGGAGUUUGGGUGAAAAGUAUAAAGGAAAAUGAUAAAUCCACAGCGAAUUUCUUAUUCAGAGGUAAUCCAGUUGACGUAGACAACCAACUUCAAAAUGAUUUUAAUCCCUUUGAAGAUGGCAAUGGACCAUCUUCACCAUUUAUUUCGAGUUACGUGGAGAGGGCCAAGCGUUCGUUGGACCAUAAACGACUCCGGCGCUUCAGGAAGAGUUUAACCAACUGCUCAAAACGAGAUUGCAAUCUCAACACUGUAAUUGACGAAAAACCUUCACUAAUCAAAUCCCAAUUGUUGACAAAACUAAAACCUGCUUCCGUUUUCAAUGAUUACCCUUACGAAAUUGCGCUGCUACUUGGAAACAACAAAGGAAUGUUAGAAAAGGCUAAAAACUAUUCUUCAUAUGUUAUUAACGAAAUGAUCCGGGAUGAUAAUAAAACUAUUAUCCCAAUAACUGAAACAAAUACUAACUACACUAAUGGAGAUAUUGUAACCAAAGUAAGUGAUGAAAAAACGGAUAAAGUUAACUAUACAAUUAAUUACACAGUAAAUAGUAAUAAUGUGCCCAAAAGGAGUAUGGCAGUUGCGUUAGAAGACAGUGUUAAAAGGAUAGGCCUUGGUGAUUUCAAUAAUAGCAACGCUCUAAGUGAUGACAUUAUUCACAGUGAAAUUGUUGCGGGUGAAAUAGGACGUAUUCCAUCUAGAAUACACGUAGAUAGAGAUAUAUUUGACAAAGACGACAAGGUAUGGCGUCAAAAUGCUCCAUUACCUAAUUCACCUCUGCCCAAUAUGAACAGAAUCAAAUCUAAAGAAGAAGAAAGUAAAGUGGUAAGACCUGUUACAGAAAGAGGUUUAGUCAAAGUGCUGUCAAUGCUUACGAAGACUUUCAAAAAGAUAAUGAAACAACACAGUGACAUUAAAGAUAUACAUAGAAAACUAAGCCAUACGAAUGAAAAUUUUUUGGAAAACAUUCAUGUAAUGACGAAGAAAUUUGAAGAUUUCGAUAACAAAUAUAACAAUUUGGUGAAAUUGUCCGAGAGAAUGAAGAAUUUAGAAACGAAACUGAGCGCUAAAGAGCAACAUUAUAAAGCUAAGGAAAGAGAACUAUCAAAAAAUUUAGUUGAUUUUGAAAUACAGCAAAAGAAGUUCUUACAGCAACAACGUCAAUUUUAUAACAUACAAAAACUAAUGCUGGCACAGAACGAAAGAAUAAAUUCAAAACAGAAUGCUAUUGCUAAAACCCAAAGUGAAAUUUCUCAUAGACAAAAUAACUUUGCUAGAAUUUUGAAAAAGGCAAAACAAAUAUAUGUAGAUAACAAAUAUGUGCCCAGCAACCCUAAGUUACCAUAUUCUAAAGCCUUUAGCAAUGAGGUGAUUGAACGAAACCGUUCAACCGAAACCAAUGCAGUCAUUUAUACUACAACAAUAACUCCAAAAUCUACUGAGUCCAUAAAAAUCAACCUAUUUUCGAUACCAUCUUUAGCUAAACUAAAAAACCAAGAUCAAUUGCUGUUAGAUGAGAAAGAUGAACAAUCAGUAGACGAUUUAAUAUACAAAUACUACUUCAACAACACACUUUUAGAUAACUUAAUGAAACAUUUUCUAUCUAACUUCCUUGGUUCUCCAGACGGUACAGACUUGUCUAGAAAUAAUAAAGCAAAACGUGAUGAUACAAAAAUGAAACUAAAUGAAAUUAGUUCCACCAUACUUUUACCAAUGAACAAAUCAGAAAAUGUAGAAUUGGUUGGCAAAACUCUUAAUCGUGAACGAAGAUGGAUCAGUCAUCAUUCGAGAAGGAAAUGGCGGACAAAGAAUAGAGGAAAAAAAGCAACAGAAAUCGUGAACACCGAUGACGAAAAGACUAAUAAAAAAAAUGCUAUCGACCUGGAAGUACCAAAGAAAGAAGAUAAACCUCAGGAAAAACCGCGCGAUGCUAAAGAGUUAAUCCAACUACAUAAGAAUGAUGUUUUCAUAACAAUGGCUACGAAUUUUUGUAAUGGCAUUGGUCAAAAUCAAAACGGCCAAAUUCUAGAUUGGUGUGUUGAAAAAGCGUUAAGGAAAUUACAGAAUAUUGACAUCAAAAUACCACCUCCUAUUUCACCUUCCGGUGCUCUAGCGCUGUCAUCAAAGGGCUUCAAACCUCGACGACUUUUCCAAGCAAUAAUUAACACCAAGCCAAGGUCACUUAAAAGUCCUCAAGGAUCCAUGCCACUAUCAUUGGUGACCAAGUCAAUGACCGCAGAACCCGCAUCGGUGACAAUGGCACCUCAACUAACGAUCACCAAUACUGUGAUUACCAGCACCGGAUUUUUUCCAGAUAACGAUAAACUGGAAUCAAAUCUUAGUAAAUAUGAGCUGAUCAAAGAUACAGAGGGUAACGUGUAUUACGAUGGCAGUCUUCACGCCAGUGACAUUAUUAAAGAAGAUAAAAACAGUGACGACAGUGACAUUAUGCCCGGUCUAGAGAGCAACUCUCGGAUUGACACGAUAGAUCCGGAGACAUUCGACACGAAAGCCAUGCGGCGCGCCAUGAUUCGUCGCAUGAGAUACGAAAACAUGUUCAAGAAGAUGUCUAAAUUGUAAUUUAAUAGAAUUAAAUUAACGAUCAAAAUGCAGUAAAUGAUUAUAAUCCACCCGGAACUCAAUGCCGACAAAUUGUCUAUGGACUCCAAAAUCAUUAUACAAUAAGAUAAGUAGUGUUAGGCUGGCCACAUUCGAAACUUCGAUUCGAGAUUCCGUAUAUACAUCACACUCAUACGUUUAUUUUCAUUCGGAAUGACAAGACUCAGCUAAGAAAUGAGAGGCAUUGAGUCCUGAUGUUCUCGCAGCGAAAUUAGGUACGUACGGAAUUUGCGACUGUGUGUUGCGAUCCCACAAAAUGUAUGGAAGACUUGCAUUCAGAAUGGCAUUCUCCGUGGUGAAUUUCUAAUGCACAAGCGACUAUACAGAACUUCGAAUCGGAAGAAAAUUCAAAUAGUAUAGUACUGUAUGUGUGUUAUAAGUCUGAUUUGUAUAGUUUUGCUGCCCCCGUGGACUGUAUGUGGCCAUCCUAACUCCAUACAAACGUAGCAGCGCGACUAGUACGUGUACGGAAGUUCCCAAAACCUCGAAGUGAACUUGAAUUGCAAAGUUCGGGUUCGGAAGUUGCUGUUUGUCUUAUUAUACUUUGCCAAAAUGGAGGCGCUAAUAGAUGUCACUAAAUUCUAUUAAAUUAACAAACGCACAAACUAAACAUUGAUUUUAAAUUUUCGAAUUAUCUACAGACAUCUCCAUUAAAUUCGGUUGCGAAGCGUAUCUUCUUUUCUGAACUUCAGAAUGGCAAGCAGUUCUUUAGAUACAAGGACGUUCUGAAAAGAUACAUGAAAAGUUGCAACAAUGACCCCUCGAGGUGGAAGACGCAGUCGAUUUGCCGUUCUGGGUGAAAGCACUUUGUGAAAACUCAGGUGACAAAAUUUGAGGAGCAGAGACUGUCGGACCUGGACGCGAAACGUGAUGCUCUCAAGGCUAAAACACCUGCAGCCAUCUUUUAUUACUUUGUUGGCGGUGUCCUUACGUGUCGCCACUGUUUGCGAACAUUUACCAAUCCAAGGGCACAUGAUAGAGCAAAUAUCCGUAGCUCUAAUUCUAAACAAUGGCCAAAACCGGCUAGGACAUACACAAAUUCGGUAACAACAUGGUCCAAUUUUGUCAAGCAAAGUUGCACGGUGCCCUUUUAUGGGCAGUCCCAUAUCUUUCUACAUAAAUUUUGUAUAUGCUGACCUUCCUAUCAACCUCUUGGUUAUACGAAAAGGGCACUAUAACCUGUGCAAGCACACCCGCACAGGGACCUUAUCAGUCAGGACCAUAUCUGUCACUAGAUCAACCCGUUUGCACAGACGUCAUCCGAUUUUCAAAAGGCUAUUGCGCUUAGGUGGGCUGCUCCGGGUGCGUACAACGCCCUCCCUAUUGUCCAGAUAGAUACCGGAGCUGUUGGCACGCUCAUUUCCCGUUGCACAACUAACGGUUGUCACCUAUAAAGUCCACUACCAAAACUCCUCUUUGGUAGCGGAGCUGUAGGCACGCUCACCUCCCAAUGCCGAGGCGUCUCUCCAGUUUCCAGAAACCUACGCCACUGGUGGUGGCGGCAUCCUCUACUAGCUCUCGGGGCUAGUGCCGGAGAUGUCGGUCGCAGUAUCCUGUGACAAUUUCCGGACAUAUCCCUGUAUGAGCAGACCCAUAUCUUCUACAUUAGUUUUGAUUAUGGGGACCCUCCCUACCGACCCUUAGGGUAUACGAGAAGGGCACUGUAACCUGUGCGCGCUCAGGAACCAUGCGAAUUCAGGUUUUGACCCCAGAUCAGCCAAUGUACAUGGUUGUCACAGACCUCUGUCACUUGACUUCAUCCGAUGAUAUGUGCAUAAUUUAAAAAUUUUUGUUUAACCAAUUUUUGUUCUGUUGCUUUUACUCCCUUUCUUCCGAGAAGUAUCAUAAUGGUGAAUAUAUGGUGCAGAGACAUGGAAACUCAAAGCCUUGUUU